UGUCAAUAUGUCACACCCCUCUCACAUCUGUCCUGGGUUGGGGAUCGAACCCAGGACAGAUGUGAGACGCCAGCGCAUUACCGUUGUAUCAUCUACUGUUCCUCCCUCACUAUGUGUCUGUUCAUCAUGGGGAAGAACAAGAGAUCAAAAGCAUACUACAUUCAGUCAGCAAAGAGACAGAAGAAACUAGAAAGUGUUUUGGGCCAAGAGAUGACAGGAUUCCUGUGUACGUGUAAUGACAAUGAGCGAGAUUGUGUACGAGAGGCAUAUAACAUCCUCAAUGAGUUUGCUGACCAACUGUAUGGGAAGGAAGAGUUUGCAGAUGAACAGCAGCAAGAAACCAGUAAUGGCAAAGAUUUGAAACACAUUGAUUUAGAGAAGACAGAUAAGACCAAGGAAGAGGGAGAUGCAGAACAUGAUGAUAGUGAAACAAAACAAGAAAAUGAAGUAAAGACAGAUUCUGGGGAUCCUCCAGAAAAUCAGAAAAGUCUGGGUCCAGCCAUUGAUAAUGCUGGUGAUAGUGAUGAAGAGGAAUCAUUGGACAUUGAGGCUGCUGUUAAGGCAAAUGUUUUGGAACUUCAGAAGAAAAAUGAAGAGAAGCAUAAACAUCAGCGAAGGUUCCAGCAAGUACAGUGUGGAGCAAAGAACUGUGUGUUCAUCCGUACAACAUUAAAGGAUCCCGUACCUCUCUCUGUUGCUAUUAUGGACGAUAUCAUCCAAAACCAAAAGCAGCGUACCAAAAGGCUGUUACGUAUGAUCCCCGUUCAAAAAACAUGCAAAGCUUUUGCUGACGAUAUUGUAAAAGCUGUAGAGAAAUUGUCAAAAUCUUACUUUGAAAAUGAAAGCAAAACAUUUUACAUAAAUAUCAGAAUCAGGAACAACACUUCUCUGCAGCGUGAAUCACUUACCACUUCAUUUAUCAAAAUUAUCCAAGAUGCAAAUUCUGAUAAUACACCAGAACUAAACACACCGGAAGUUGUUCUUAACAUUGAUGUGAUUAAGAAUGUUUGCUACCUUGGCUUUAUCCCUGAAUAUCUCACAAAAUAUGCUAAAUAUAACUUGGUGGCAUUAGCAAAUAAGAAAAAGGAGGAAAAUCUAACAGAAGCUAAGACUUGCAAAGACAUGGUGGGAAAAGAUGACACUGAUCACUCAGAGGAGCAGGACCUGAAGACUGAGAAAACAUUACAAGAUACAUAAUUGAUCAUGAAUCUGCUGAUGGUCAAGACCCCUACUACACUUUCACCUGGUGGUUGGAGGUAGAAAUAUGUGGUGAGGUGUGUGAAAACCAAGGGCAAGAUCCUUACAUCACAAAAGCUGAGAAUAUUGACCAAGAAGUUUGCAUCUGUGAGCAAGUGAAAGAUAAAUACCUAACUAGCAACAUAAUCCAUUAAGGCUUGCAUGGCGAUUCAAACAUUAUACAAAAUUAAAAUACAUCAUGUCAUGCGAAUCAAAUCCUGGGGGUUAAAGAGGUGGGAGUCACAGCUGCCUUAUCACCUUCCUCUCAGAUAAUCACUGGUACAGUGUGGGAUUAUUAAAUGAUACAUCUCUCAAUUUAUAUUUUUUUUAUUAAACUCAUGUCAACAA